GUCGUCAGUCCGCUGCCGCCAGGUCACGUCUGGACUCCCAGCCACUGCUCUGACCUUAGGUCAGAGGUUAACGACUGCCACAACAUCAGCCAGUCCGUCUUUGCGCUGGUUCUGGUGGGAGACAAACGCGGCCCGUUUGCUCCGCCCUCCUGGAUGACCCUUGCGACCUUUGACGGCCUGCGGCAGUGGGCAGCUCGGAGGCGUGACCCCGAGGGCGGGGCGCUGCUUGAAGCAGCGUACCGCCGCGACGACAACGCCUGCCCGCCGCGCAUGGUCUACGUGGAAGAGCGGGAGGGAGCCAGGGAGAGAGGCCAUGCAGAACUGACGACGCUGCUGAGAACGGCAGAAAGGGAGGGACAGUUCCGGUUUCGGUCGGUGAUUGAAGAACUAGUGGAGGCGGCUCUCGGCGUGCGCCGAGCAAUGCCUCUAGUCCCGCCACGAAUAGCUACCUGCGACAGCUCUCUUCGGACGUCAUCGAAAGGGUCAAAGAGCUGGUGCAGAAGUCGCCGCUCGACAUAGAAGAGGAGAUCUCCACCAGUCGGCAGCACCACGCCGAGCUGCUGUCCUGCCUGACCUCCUGGUCCGACCCUCUGGUGACGGCCGCGGCCCAACAGGUCAUGGCCUGGGUCAAAAGCCACAGCACGUCCAACAAGCCGUUGAUCAUCGUUGGCGCCGCUGGAUAUGGCAAGACGUCGCUGCUGGCCCAGCUGUCUCAGCACCUGGAGGCGCCGCCUGUGGUGCGGCGCUUCCGGCCCCAAGACGCCGUCCUGCACCGCCGCCAGCUGCUGGCCGCGCUCGCCAGCGAGGUGCAGCUCGCCAGACCGGGCGUGACGCUAAUCGUCACCGCGACGAGCCUGGCGCACCUGGAAGGCGAGCAGUGGCGCGCCACCGACGACGCAAACGUGCUGCGGUUGUCGGCGUGGACGCGGGAUGAAGUGCUGCACCGGCUGGACGGGGCGCUGGGGCGCAGCGAGCGCGUGCUGACGAGGGAACAGCGCGACGCGGCGACGGCUCGCUGCCUAGCCAACCCUUCCGCGCUGUUCGUCACGUGCGCGGCGGAAUGGGCGUUGAGCUCGUGCUCGUUUCACCCGGGCACCUCUAUUCCGGAGGAUCUCGAGUGUUAUUACCGAGUGACGUUUGAUAGGCUGGAGCGAACGCUGGGCGCUGAGCUGGUGGCCUCGGCCUGUCGCUACGUGACAAUGUCGCAUCUGGGAUUGACGGAGACUGAGCUCUGCGACCUGCUGACCUCUACGGAUCCCGGAGCGACGGGGUCAGGGACGCAGGCGGGGCAGUGGCCGCCCGCGGACUGGAUAGCCCUAAAGAAUCAGCUAACUUCGCUAUGGACCCGCCAGUGGCGCCACCAUCGCCUGGUGCUGUCGUGGCGCCACCGCGCGGCGGCGGAGUACAUCGAGCGCCGGUACCUGGCCGACCGAGCGGACCGCCUGGCCAGGCAUGCCGAUCUCAGCAACCUGCACCUGCUGGGCUUCCUGGUCACACCCGAGGACGCCGAUGGCGAUGGCAAGGGUGACGAGGUCACCGGGCCGGGCCUUCGCGCCAACCAGAGAGCGCUGCAGUCGCUGAGGAUGGCCGACGGGCUGUGGUACCACCUGGUCAGGUCAGGUGACGUGGAGCGUCUGAAGCUGACGGUGCUCUGCAACUUCCGUCACCUGUGGCAGUCGGCGCGCAUGCGCGGUCCGGCCCACCUCUACAAGAUGGCGGCCGCCACGCGCCAAUGGUUCCUCGACUGGGAGGCCGAACUGGUACAUCACGCAUUGCGCAAGACUGAGGAGCUGGAGGGCGACUGGUCGGACCAGCUGGCGCCGCAGCUGCUCAUCUGGCUACACCACGCGAGCCUGCCCGACGUGGUCUGGGACAUCGCGCUGCCUGAGUCGGUGCACCUGUACGCGCCGGCGGCGGACGGCGUCCACGUGUACGUGUGCUGCGGCGGCCGAGAGUUCCAGCUGUGGCAUCUGCUCAGCUGUCGCUCCGUGCACACGUUCAGAGGUCACACCGGUGACGUCACGUGCGUGUACCCGUCGCCGGACGGACGUCACGUGGUCUCCGGCUCCGAAGAUUGUCAGGUGAUCAUCUGGAGCGCCACCAGCUUCCGCUCGCUAUUCACCAUAGACCGGCACAUCGCCUCCGUGCUGUGCGUCUCGUCUGCCAGCCUGGCGAGCCGGGGAGACAUCGUGGUCAGCGGCGGGGAGGACAGCUGUCUGUACGUGACACGGCUCAGGAGCACCGAGCACGCUCACGGGUCGCACGACAAGACGGUGAUCCUCUGGUGUCUGGAGUCGCUGACGGUGCUGAACGAGAUCAGCGUGCCCGCGGCUGUCACCCACAUGUCCGUGUCCGGUGGUGCGAUGUUCCUGCUGACGGCCUGCCUCGACAUGAUGGUGUACGUCCACAGCUUCACCACCGGCAGUCCUCUGCACUCGCUGCACAAUCAUCAAAGUCAGGUGACGUCUCUGGCGUCGUCGAAGGACGGUGAGCUGUGUGUGGCCGGCUGCCGGGACUCAAAGGUGUACGUAUACGACAUCGCUUCGGCCCGACUGCUGCGCACGCUUCCCCGCCACGGCAGCGCCGUGCUGGCGGCCCGCUUCGCCUCGCGGGGCCACCUGCUCGUCACGGCCGGUGCCAGCAGGGUGCUAGUGACCCACGUACAGCCUCUGACAGUGAAGCCGCGCGUUUACGUGUCGGACCGAAAAAAGAUCCCGGUGGAGCACCAAGCGGACAUCACUUGUGUGGACAUAUCAGCUGACGAAACUAUGGUCGUUACGGGCUCCUCCGACUCGCACCUGAAGGUGUGGCUGGCGCCAUCCGGUGACCUUCACGCGACCUUGGAGGGUCACACGGGUCCGGUGACGUGUGUGCAGUUCGCGCCGAACGGUCUGUACGCCGUCAGCGGCUCGCAAGACACUUCCAUCCGCGUCUGGGGACUCACGCUCAAUCUGGUGGUGGCCGCCUUCACAGACCACAUGACGCCGGUGGUGUCCGUAUGUGUGCUCUCGGACAGCAAGCGCACUCUGUCGGCGGACAAGGGCGGCGUGCUCAUGCUGUGGCAGGUGGAGACGGGCGUGGUGCUGCUGACCUGCCAGGGGCCCGGAGAGUUGAUCCGCGUGACUCCCGACCAGACCUACGCCAUCUCCGGCAACAGCGCUGGCCACCAGCUGUAUGUUUGGACGCUGAAUAAAAACGAAACCAAGAACACAAUCAGUCAUAAUGACGUCAUACGCUGCUUUGACGUCAGCAGCGACAGCUUGCACGUCAUCACAGGCUCCAACGACGCAUCGCUCAAAGUUUGGACCAUCGCGGAGGGGCGUCUUACGCAGGUGCUGGUGGGGCACGAGGCGGCGGUGACCUGCGUCGCCUACCCAGCCUAUGUCAGCCACACGGCCGCCUCUGGAGGCGACGACUGUCUGGUCAUGGCCUGGGACGUGGACACUGGCUCGUCGAACGGCUGCCUGUCUGUACGCAGCGCGACCUCCGGCCAGCUGGAGACCUCUGACACCACGUGA